AUGGGCAGUAGUGGUAUGAAGGAAGUGGUGACGGAUGAUGAUCUAUUGAUAGAAAUCCUUCAUCGGAUUCCAUGCCUGAAAUCAGCAAUCCAGUGCCAAUCGGUGUGCAAGCAAUGGCGCUCUCUAAUUUCAAGCAAUUUCUUUCAGAAUCGGUUUCGUGAGCGGCACCAAUCUAAUUUUGAUCAAACUAGACGGGGGGAGGAUUUUACUGUCAAGUGUUGCAAGCUUCACGUGUUGUUGAUGGUUCCUCCUCCUAUGGAUGUUUUCAGUUUUGAAUUUUCAUUAGAUUUCAUAGGCCAGGAAUGGUGCGUUGCUGGUUCCUUUUACGGCUUCUUGCUAUAUGCUAAAGGUGAGUAUUGGCAUAAUCUGUACAUGAUAUGCAAUCCCAUAACCAAGCAGUCUGUUACUCUCCCUCCCGCACCAAUCUCCGGUGAAACUAAAAUGGGAACAGUUUUCCUUGGAUUCGCUUGCGAUGAUUCCUUCCGCACCUUCAAGGUGGUUCGACUCGUUGCGCUCUGUGGUCGUAUCACGUCCGUGUUAAGGGUUUGUGUAUUUUCAUCUGAGACGGGGCAGUGGAGCCAUUCCAUGGUCAGCACUCCGACUCCCAUGAGAUGGCCUAGCAAGCCUUCUCCUGCAGUUCAUCAUGGUGGAUGGCUGCUUUGGGGAGCUGUCGAUUGGAAAUAUACUAUUGUGUACGACAUCCACAAUAGUAAAUUUGUUUCAAUCGUAGAUCCUCCUGAAGAUGGAGAUGGACAACGUUCAGAUGGGCUUAUGCUAGGAUUGGGAUUGUGCUGUGGCGCCGUGUGCAUAGCUCAGCUGAGAACUCGUGGGUACGUAUUGAAAAUUUGGCAACUGAACGAGCAGCCAAAAUGGAGUUUGAAGCGCAUGGUGAAGCUGCAAGAGUGUAUAGUUGAUGGUCGUCAAUGGUUGCUUGGUUUAUGGUUGAUUGCUAUACAUCCGUAUGAUUGCAGCAUUGUGUAUCUCGGGUUAGACUCGGGGAAGAUUCUGUGUUGCAAUUUGAAGACCAGCACUAUUAAAUUGACAAGUGAAUGCAACUGCGACUACAAGUCCGAUCCUAUGUGUGAGCAUCACUUGUACCUUUGGAAGGAUACAUAUCAUCUAUGUUUUCCAUUAUGGCCACCUCCUGUUCCUCAAUACAACACAUCUCAGCUGAAUUAG